GAAAUGCCGGCGACGACGAGCCGCUCUUCUUCCCUUCCUCAACGCAGGCCUCCAACACUCCCCGGCGUGUCUUUCGCGGCGAGUUGCAGAACGGCACCGCCCUCGCCUCUUCGCCGCUCGCCCAGCGCCGACGCGACCCUGCCUUCGCCGCCGCCGCUGGCGCCGGCACCGCGUCCAAUCUCGGCUCGGAGCUCAACUUUGACUUUUCCGACCUGGGCAGUCACCGUCAGCGCACAACGCACAAUGACGUCCCCUCGCUAAGUCAGGCGGGCAACACGGAUGAACUGGGCAGCAGCGCGGCGGACCUGCCCACCAAGGUCAUCUGGGGCACUCACGUCAGCAUCAACGACACCAUGACCUCCUUCCGCUCCUUCCUCCGCAGCUUCCGCCUCAAGUAUCGGUGGGUGCACGAGCGCAAGAACAACGCCGCUGGCAAGGAUGGCGCAUCUGCUGCUGCUGCCACAUCUGGCCUGCAGGGGCUCGACCACAGCGCACAGGCAGGCGAGAAGCUGCUCUACGAAGAGUACCUCCGUGUCAUGCGCCAGACCGACCAGGUCAACCUCAACCUGCGCGUCGACGAUCUCGCCGCUUUUGCGCCGAGUAAGAAGCUCGCCGCGCUCCUACAUAAGUACCCGCAGGAGGUGAUCCCGAUCAUGGACCAGGUCCUCAAGGACGAGAUGAUCGGGCUCGCCGAGGAAGACAACAGAAACCAUGUUCACGGCAUGGAGGGCGAGGCCGGCAAGGCCGAGAUCGAAGUCAUCGAGGGCAACCUCUACAAGGUCCGCCCAUUCGGCCUCGACAAUACCAACAUGCGCGACCUCAAUCCGAGCGACAUUGACAAGCUCGUCACAAUCCGCGGUCUGGUCAUCCGCGCGACGCCGAUCGUGCCGCAGAUGAAGCAGGCAUUCUUCCGCUGCCUCGUCUGCAGCCAUACGGUCACCGUCGACAUUGACCGCAACAGGAUCGCCGAGCCGGACCGCUGCCCGCGCGAGGUGUGCAACCAGCUCGGCACGAUGAACCUCAUCCACAACCGUUCCGACUUUAGCGACCGCCAGGUGGUCCGCCUGCAGGAGACGCCCGACGUCGUCCCCGAUGGCCAGACGCCGCACACGGUCAGCCUGUGCGUGUACGACGAGCUGGUCGACGUCGCCAAGCCCGGCGAUCGCGUCGCGAUUACCGGCAUCUUCCGCUCUGAGCCAACGCGUAUCCACCCGCGCGCGCGCACGCAAAAGUCCCUCUUCAAGACCUUCCUCGAUGUCGUGCACAUCAGGCGCGGCGACACGAAGCGCAUGGGCAUCGACGCGAGCACCAGGGACCGCGAUGAGGCGCGCCACAGCCACAGCAGCCAGGCCGUCGGCGUCGGCGGUGAGGAGGAGGAGGAGGGGGUGCGUGACGCCGAUACGCCCCUUCACGGCGCAGCAGACACCGCCGCCAACAAUGCCACGCAGCACGAACUGGUCGCCAAGAUGUACGAGGUGGCCAGCCGCCCAGACGCGUACGAGCUGCUCUCGCGCUCACUCGCGCCGAGCAUCUACGAGAUGGAUGACGUCAAGAAGGGCAUCCUCCUCCAGCUCUUCGGCGGCACCAACAAGUCCAUCCACACCGGCGGUGGCCAAGGCGGCCCCCGCUACCGUGGUGACAUCAACGUUCUCAUGGUUGGCGACCCCGGCACGAGCAAGUCCCAGAUCCUCAAAUACGUCCACCGCAUCGCGCCGCGCGGCGUCUACGCCAGCGGCAAGGGCUCCAGCGCCGUCGGCUUGACCGCGUACGUCACCCGCGACCCGGACACCAAGCAGCUGGUCCUUGAGAGCGGCGCUCUGGUGCUGUCCGACGGGGGUGUUUGCUGCAUCGACGAGUUUGACAAGAUGGCCGACGCCACGCGUAGCGUGCUGCACGAAGUCAUGGAACAACAAACCGUCUCGAUCGCAAAGGCGGGCAUCAUAACCACCCUGAAUGCACGCACCUCCGUCCUCGCGGCGGCAAACCCGAUAGGGUCCAAGUACAACAUCAAGCUCCCGAUCACCAAGAACAUCGAUCUCCCUCCGACGCUAAUCAGCAGGUUCGAUCUCGUUUACCUUGUCCUUGACAAGAUCGACGAGGCGUCCGACCGCCGGCUGGCGCGCCACUUGGUCAGCCUCUAUCUCGAAGACCGGCCCAGCAGCUCUACCAAGGAGCUGCUCUCAAUCGAGAUGCUGACGAGCUACAUCUCCUACGCCCGCAACAACAUCUCGCCCCUCCUCACCGCUGAGGCAGCCGACGCACUCGCGCAGGAGUAUGUCGAGCUGCGCCGCGCAGGCGAGGACCCCCGCAGCUCCGAGCGCCGCAUCACCGCCACGACACGCCAGCUCGAGAGCAUGAUCCGCCUCUCCGAGGCGCAUGCCCGCAUGCGCUUCUCCACCGAAGUCACCACCGCCGACGUCGAGGAGGCCGCGCGCCUAAUCCGCGAGGCGGCCAAGUCGAGCGCGACCGACCCCGUCACGGGCCUCAUCGACCUGGACCUCAUCAACACGGGCGCAGGCUUGCACCAGCGCAAGCUCGCCGGCGAUCUGCGCCGCGAGUUCCUCCAGCUCCUCGACACCAUGGGCGGCACCGGUCGUAACCAGACGCACCAGGGCUCUGCGCCUGCCGCGCGAGCGGUGCGCUACAACGAGAUCGCAAAGGCGCUCAACGAGCAAAGCACUGUCCCUAUCGACCCGUCCGAGCUGUAUACCCUUGUCAGGACGCUCGAGUCCGAGGGCAUCUUGAAGUGCGCAGGCGACCGCGAGCGGCGCACUGUCCGCAAGAUCAUUGCUUAGAAUAUGCGCGUGGAGAAGGAGGAUCUCUAGUCAUUGUAGAUG